AUGCUCUACACACACGCAUUUAUCGCACUCUUCGCCUCCCUUGUCACCACCGUCCAUGGUCACGGUGCCAUUGUUGCAGUUACUGGCGCCAACGGCGUGACUUCGACUGCUAUGGGCAUUGAUCCCUCUACGCCUCGUGAUGGUACACGCCGCCGCCCAUUCCAGCAGGACAGCAGCAUCAUCCGAGACGAAGAGAUUGAAAGCGGCGAGGCCAGUCCAUGUGGACGAACGCUUGUUGGUGGCGUAAACCAAAUCGCUAGCAGCGUCGACGAAGCCUCCAGUGCUGGACUUCCCUCCAUGUCUGCCAAUGGACAGAUCACUAUGACUCUGCACCAAGUCAACGGUGAUGGAGCUGGUCCAUACACUUGCGAUAUCUCGACCGACGCCACGGGUACAAACUUUGUGCCGGCAACCGUUGUUACCAACGUCCCCGGUGAGAACAGCAGGAGUCGUGCACGAGCACAAGCUUUCCCACUUGUUGUCCAAGCCGCUGCUGGUACGACUUGCACCGGUGGACCGAAUGGCGACGCAUGCAUUGUCCGAUGCCGUAACUCAGCACGCGCAGGGCCCUUUGGAGGUUGCGCUGUUGUGACAAACCCAGAAGCCCCUGCUGCUGCUCCUCCGGCUGCACCAGCCCCCGUGGCGGCUCCGGCACCCGUUGCGGCCCCUCCAGCCGCUGAAGCCCCGGCUGCGGCUGCUCCUGCUGCUGAAGUCCCGGCUGCGGUUGCUCCUGCUGCUGAAGUCCCGGCUGCGUCUGCUCCUGCUGCGUCUGCUCCUGCUGCAUCUGCUCCUGCUUCAUCUGUUCCAGCCGCUGAAGUCCCAGUCGCCGAAAGCCCAGCAGCCGUCCAAUCACCCGUUGCUGGAACGUUCAAGCUCGCCACCCGCGAAGAAGUUGAUGACGAAGAGGAUGAAGUUGAAGAUUUCGAUGACAUGAAGAAGCGCGAGGUCGUCGAAGAGCCCGUUGCAAAGCGUGCCGUCCAUGACCAUCUCGAGCGCAAGCGCAUGCUUUCUUCUCGCAUCGUCGCAAAGGCCAAGCGCAACCAGUGGAUCUAG